UUGGAGGUCUAGUAAGCCGUACACAUUAAGCACAGUAUAUAAUUCUAAGGCCUGGGGAAGUGAAAGUUCAAGCUUUUCUGUUCCAUAUUUGUUUACAUGUCCCAAUGCACCAUUUUCCUUCUCUGCCAUAUUACCUCCAAUGCCAUGGCCGAGGAGGAUCAAAAUCAGAGAGCAACAAAGACAUGGAUUAUGGUUUAUCAUAUUUUAAAUGAAAAGUCUGUUACUACUACAUAUAUAUAUAUACUAUAAAAAUAUAUAGUACAACUGGGAUUUCUACUAAACUAUAUAUUUUGUGUUUCUCUUUGCCAUCUCAGACUGUUCAAUCUUGUUGGCCUCAUUGCACAAACAAAUCCAUCUCUGGAAUUGGUCCAGGGAUUUUUUUUUUUUUUUUGGAGUGUUUUUUAGGUUUGUGUUCUCUCUAUCAGUCUGAGAACUCAUUACUUCACUCAGAUAAGCAUGUGCACUGCUACUGAAUCUCAAGAAAUCGUAAAUGAUGAACCUUUGGUUUCCAAGGAGUCCAAGGAGAGAGGAAGAGGUUGUAAUGAAGAUGCAAUGAGAGCUCAUAGAAGUGAUGGCAGAUUUCUCACUAGCCUUCUCAGACGACUCCUACCACUAAGUGCUGCUUUCCGAACCCUGCCACUCUCAGAGAUGGGAGAAGAGGUACAAGCAUUGUGCAAGAUUGCGGGGCCCAUAGUGAUGACAGGCUUGCUGUUAUAUUCAAGGUCCGUUAUUUCCAUGCUCUUCUUGGGUCGUCUUGGAAAAUCAGAACUAGCUGGGGGCUCACUAGCAAUUGGGUUUGGAAAUAUCACAGGACUCUCAAUCCUCAGAGGCCUAUCCACAGGAAUGGAACCAAUUUGUUGCCAAGCCUUUGGAGCCAAGAGAUGGUCAGUUCUCAGCCAAACCUUUCAGAAAACAUUGUGUCUACUCCUACUUGUUUCUAUAUUAAUCUCAUUCUUAUGGCUAAACGUGGAGCCCUUAUUUGGAUGGUUGGGCCAGGACCCAGAGAUCACAAGAGUUGCUAAAGUUUACUUGGCUUUCUCAAUUCCUGAAUUGAUAGCCCAAGCCCAUCUAUACCCACUAAGGAUUUUCUUAAGGACCCAAGGCAUAACCACCCCACUAACGAUAGCUGCAACUUUUGCAGCCAUUCUACACGUGCCCAUUAUCUAUUUUCUUCAAGCUUACUUGAAAUUAGGGGUGGAAGGUAUUGCAUUGGCUACUGCUUUUAAUACUGCAAACUUAAAUGUGGGCUUGAUAAUAUAUAUGCUUGUAUCAAACAAACCAAUAAAGCCUUGGCAAGGUGCUACAAUUCUCUCAGCCUUUCAAGGCUGGGGACCAUUGCUAAGUUUAGCACUUCCUAGUACUGUUUCAGUGUGCUUGGAGUGGUGGUGGUAUGAAAUAAUGUUAUUUCUUUGUGGAUUAUUGACUAAUCCAGAAGCUAGUUUGGCUGCUAUGGGAAUACUUAUUCAAACAACAGGCUUUCUCUAUGUGUUUCCAAUUUCUAUAAGUUGUGGCAUAACAACCAGAGUUGGACAUGCUUUGGGGGCUGGUCAACCUUCACGUGCACAAUGGACAUCUAUUAUUGGACUUACUGUGGCAUUUGCUUUUGGAUUCUCAGCCUUAAUUUUCUUGUCAGUUGUGAAGACAGUGUGGGGGAAGUUGUUCACUGAUGAGUCACAGAUUCUUGAUUUGGUUUCAGCUGCACUUCCUUUAGUGGGGUUAUGUGAACUUGCAAACUCUCCACAAACAGCUUCUUGUGGGGUCUUAACUGGGACAGCAAGGCCUAAACUUGGUGCAAGGAUUAAUUUGUGUGCAUUUUAUAUCAUUGGAUUGCCUGUGGCUAUUCUCACUACUUUUGUGUUCAAGGUUGGCUUGCAAGGCCUAUGGUUUGGGAUGCUUGCAGCACAGUUUUCAUGUCUGUGUAUGAUGGGGUAUGCAUUGAUUCACACAGAUUGGAAGCACCAAACUAAAAGGGCUGAGGAGCUAACUCUUUCUGUGGGAGAGAAGUCAGAGAGAGAUGAUUUGGAAUGUGGCCUGAUUACAACUGAUCUCUAGGUGCUAAACAUAUGAACUCAUUUUUUGGCAAGAGUUUCAAGGAUAUAUCUUUUUGCAGAUUUUCUCAGGAGUUUGGACCUGCAAUCAACUGAAAUCAUCAAUAUAUAACGAUACAUAACCGAGUACAAAUUAAAUAAACCUUGGUGGAGAAACUCAGGGCUACAUACAUUCUCAACAUUGAAAAGAAACCAAAACUGUAUCCGUCAGUUGUGGAUCAUCAGAUGCAUGGUUGAUUCUUUUCUUUGUCUGGGAACCACAUUCUUUCACUUCAUGAGUUCUCUUUGCGCAUCUUUGUAUGCAGGGUUGAAGCCAGCAAAAGAUAUAUUAACACUCACACACAUGCACAUUCUUUGAUUUUUUGUUCUUUUUGGUCAGUUAAUUUAUUUCACUAAAUAGUUUGUUGCACAUUUUGCUUCAUAGAAAAAUAUUAAUCUAAAAUAAAAUUCAACAAUGUUGCUGUAUUAGCCAAUGAGACACAUUUAAUCAUCUAUAGGAGAAAAUAAUA